AUGGACAGGAACAGUAGCCAGAGCAGAGCAGAGAGUGUAGUUAGGGACACCAGCCUGGAAGGCCAUGAGGAACCUGCUGCCAUGGCCAGCCAUCAGCUUGGUCUCCAGUUGUUGUCGGUCCUGGGCCAGGGCAGCUACAGCACGGUGCUGCUGGCCCGUCAGCCGUCCAGCCAGCGGCAGGUGGCUGUGAAGCUGUUCAGGGAAGAUGCGAGGCAACCCUUCAGCAACAGGCGGGUGCAGCAAGAGGCCAGCAUCAUGCAGCUCCUGAGGCACCCAAAUAUCGUGGAGCUGCUGGAGGUGGGUUGUGUCGGCCAUUACCACUGCCUGGUGAUGGAGCUGGUGGACGGGGGCGACCUCUACCAGCACAUGUUGAGCCGCGGCAGCUUGCCAGAGCCCGAGGUCGUGGUCAUGUUUGAUCAAAUCCUGGCAGCCGUGAGCUACUGCCAUGCACAGCGGGUGGCACACAGGGACCUCAAGCUGGAGAACCUACUUCUGGACUCUCAGCACAUCAAGCUGGCGGACUUUGGGCUCAGCAGCCAUCUGCCCGAGGGCGAGCUGGUGCAGGGCUUCUGCGGGACCCUGGAGUACAGCGCUCCUGAGGUGUCCCAGCCGGAGCCCUACAAUGCCUUUGCCUCGGAUAUGUGGAGCCUGGGGGUCAUCCUCUUCGCCAUGCUGGCGGGGACCCUGCCCUUCAUCGGGGAAGACCAGGCAGAGCCCAGCCCUGGAGGAGCACCUGAGCUGGCUGCUCAGCAUGGACCCGAUCGACAGGCCUACAGCGGAAAUCGCCCGCCAGCUAUGGUGGUUUGA